UUCCUGGGGCCGGCGCUCAUGGAGGCUCGGGAGCGGCGAGGAGGCAUCUGAGGGGUUCGCCGGCCGCCGCCAUGUUCGGCUGCCUGGUGGCGGGCAGGCUGGUACAAGCAGCUCCCCAACAAGUGGCUGAAGACAAAUUUGUAUUUGAUUUACCCGACUAUGAAAAUAUCAACCAUGUAGUGGUCUUCAUGCUGGGAACUAUACCAUUUCCAGAAGGAAUGGGAGGAUCUGUCUAUUUUUGUUAUCCAGACCAGAGUGGGAUGGCAGUCUGGCAGCUGCUGGGGUUUGUCACCAAUGAGAAGCCAAGUGCCAUCUUCAAAAUUUCUGGUCUGAAAUCUGGGAAGGGAAGUCAACAUCCCUUUGGUGCCAUGAACCUCCCACAGACGCCAACAGUGGCCCAGAUUGGAAUCUCAGUGGAACUGCUGGAGAACCUGGCCCAGCAGACUCCUGUUGCAAGUGCUGCUGUGUCAUCAGUAGAUUCAUUCACAGAGUUCUUUCUCUGUGGAUCAGGCCUUGCGCUACAACAUGUGCCAUUUUUUUACUCAGCCUGUUAGUUUGAACCUCUGGAAAUCCACAACCAGCUCUGGCAGUUAGUUGACCGUCUAACAGCAGUUCAAGGCAAGCUAGACCUGCAUGGUGGGUCAUGAUUUCCCUAACACUGACAGCUCUGGCAUUAUCUUUUAACAUAUCAGCAGUUGGUGAGGCUUUUCUUCAGGCCUUUUUUUCUUUCUCACGUUCCUUCCAGGUUGCUGAGGUAGACUGGUAAUUGGAACAGUAAUCCUGAUACUGUAGCUGAUGUUCUUUUGCAGUUUAUAUACAUUAUAGCUGCAAAUAGGUGAUGUCUCUUGGAGAAAAUUACCAUGACUAGGAGUUGACCAACAGCUAGUUUUGUAUAGUACAGUUAAUUGAGCUUUUCUGGAGUUGUUAGGGGCAUAUGGCGUUUAAAUAUUUCUUAUUCACCAAUUUGCAUUAGAGCAGUAGUUAAGUCAUGAAGUAAUAAUGUGACCACUUCAGGUCAUUUGCAAAGGUGCUCAUAGAUUUUUCUGAAAACAGUAUUUAAAGAAAAAAACCCACCUCACGAUUGCAUAACAUUUUUACAAAUGUUAUUUUCAGUUAGGUAGAUUUUUCUAUUAAAAGUAGCAUCUUAACUGAAAUCAUAUAUUGCCUUCAAGAAAUGCACUUGACCCAAAGGUUCAAGUAAUAGUUACUCCUACAGAGAAAAUGCAUGAUGUCAAAGUUGAAGGAAACCUUUGAGGGAAUAGAUUGCAGAGGAAGGGCAUAUAUGACUGGGAGCAUGUUUGUGAAUGACUAAUGGCUUUCAUUUAAUAUUUAACAUCAUCUGUUUGAAACUGCUACAUUAUAGCAAUAAGAAUAUCUUUUUAAAGGCAAAAUCAUCUGUUGCUACCCUAAGUUAAGGAGUUCCUCUCCCACUACUUUUCUAGUAAGUUUCAUGAAGAUUUAUGAUUGAAUAUGCCGGUUUUUAAUUAUGUGUAGUUAUAUAUAAAAAGGUUGUUUGGAAAGUAGGACAAAACUAUAGAGUUCUGCAUGUGAGUGGGGUGAGACUGAGGAUAGGCUCCUGGGACAUCAUUUCUUCUGCUCCUUUUGUCAGAGCAGGUGGAGGGAAGCACAGGACUGUGCCUAUAUUGACUCAGGUUCAGUUUUCCUGCAUCAUUUCAAUGCAUUCAUUUUCUAUGAAAACGGCCUGUUCUCCCAUCAAAAUGCAUAACUUUUUUUUUUUUAAUAAAAAGAAUAGGGGAAAUAAGGAAGUACUGUAAACUUGUGUAUUUAUAGACUGACUGGGAAUGUCCUACAACCUCAACCUCUGCAUAUGGGACUUGCUGUUUCUUGGCCUCUCUUUCACUCUUGUUUCCUUAUCCUACAGUUUAGGAGUGUCCUGUGUAUCUUUUUCAUGUUUUCCCCUGCAAGAUUUUGUGGCGAAGGAUGUCGGGAUAGCAGUCCUGUGGUGAAUGCUGAAGGAAAUUGCCCUGUCACUGGAGUCUGAUGAGUUGUAACGAGAGACUGCAGAAUUUUCAGCUGGUUUAACAACUAGUGUUGUGCUGGUAGCUGGAAUGGCAGCAUUGACCUGGUCUGCAGGUCUUCUGAUGGUUUAAUUUGGCAGAGAGGGACAGCUCUUGUCACUGCAUCACUUCUUUUUCACAAACAGAAAAUGUUCUUUCCCAAAGCUGUUUAUCCAGUUGGAUGAAAUAGAGCAGGGAGAGGGCAAGCGGAGAUACAUCCAGUAUCCAUAAAUCAUUUUCAGUAUCUGAGGGCAAGACUGAGAAUUAAAAUGCUUUGAUCAAUUUAAAAUGGAUGUCCCUGGAUCUACUUUAUCCACUGUCCAAUUGUGUUUUAAAUGACAAUACUAAUUUUACUUCAUAUAGGAAUUGUGUAUCUGUUAAACAUUUGCACAAAAGUUCAAAAUGAAAAAAAUAACUUCCUUAAAAUAUCUUUUUUUUUUA